GAAAAGCUCAGAGAUCUCCCGCUUCCAACGAGGGAAGAGUUGCAUUAAAUAUGACAAUACCUUGAGAAGACACAUCAGCAGAGGCAGAAAGCCCACUCAGAAGGAAAGGCAGCAGUGGAUGCCACUGAAUGUACGAGGCCUUUGAUGCUCAAGGGGUUUAGGAAGUAAAAGCUUUGGCAUACUUCCUACAGAAAUUGCCCACAGCAUGCACAGGACGUUGAAAGCUGCAGCCCCGGCCUCUGACAGGAUCAGCUCCUUGGAGAGAUGCGUUCGUCACAGAAAUACUUUGGGGAGGAAAAAAAAAAAAAGGCCCCAAAAUGACAUUUGCUGGGAACAGCGGAACAGCAAACACGGCCACAUGGGAAAAAAAUGUUUUGAUGAGCUAUUUUAGAACUCAUAAAAUUCCAUUACAUGUUGUUCACAGGCGAAUGUUGACAGACCCAUCCAUCAAGCCCCGUAAAUUCUCCUCGAGUCACGUGACUUUUGCUUUGGACAGCUUUACAUCUUUUAUGUUUGAUAAAACUGGACCUGAGACGUGUUCUGGAGGAAGAUUGCAAUGACAGCAGCAUGGCUGCCAUGACAUGACACCACAUUUGGCUGCUGGGAACAAACUGCCUUCGCUGUAUGACGGGCGUGAAAAAAACCAAUUAAGCCAUGCGGGACAUAAAAGAGAAAAAUGCAAAUUGAAUGAUAAAAGACACUAAUGUGGGCAAAGGAGAACGCGGUUGGUCCGACUGCGCCUCAGACAAACGCUGCAGAAAGACCGGAGAGCGCUGCUGCUGCCGGGUGAUAAAAAACAGGGGGAAAUCUCACUGAGAAUGGGCGGCAAUAUUUUCACACAUCACAGCGUCACACAUCCACACCCCACAUUAUGGUGACUGCAUUUUUCUCUUUUCUCCUUCCACCUCUUUCCCCCCCACAUCUUCCUUUCAUCUAUUUGCUCCUUAUUCUAUUUAUUUAUUUAUCCGACUCCCUGCAGAACAACACUGGCGUCUGCACUUAAGAUCUCAUUGGCUACAAAGAGGUAGGUCACGCACGCAACACCGUCAUGUGUUAACAGAAUACUGGAAUUUUCAUGCUCCAAGUGUGAUCCCUGGAGAAGCACUCAGAAUGUAGUGUUGAAGGUCGACACCAAACACCACUGCACUACACUGCACUGCACUGGUCCACGUCUCAUUUUAAGGCGGCGUUCUCUCUCUCGAGGGGUAGUUCGUGGGGAAAACAAUGGAAGCUGGAGCAACAUAAACAAACUGAUCAAUAGCUGAACAAAUCAAUUGCUACCAGUCUAGGUACACGCAAUAGCUGCACAUCACUGUGGUCAGUGCCUGGGCAUCACACCGCUAUAGUGGAAAGGCGGGCAAUCUCAUUCUGCCACAGCUGGCUGUUUUUGCUGAUUUGCAAAAACACAUCUGUGUUUCCAAGGUCACGAGUUCUGCUGGUCCAGUACCAAUAACCCUCCCCAACCCCCCACCUCACUCGUUUUGUUUUUUUUGUCCUUUUUAUCAUUCACGAAUCAAGGCCACCAAAGCCACUCCCUCCCUUGUUUUCGAUGUCCUUUGGAGGAGAGAGAAGAUGGGCAGCGAUAGAGUAGCAGCUGUGAGUUUAGCCUCCUGCCGAGUGACGCCUGACGGGCCUCAUGCCUCAUGGUUAGGGUCAAUUUUGACACUGUGGGAUGCGUAGAUUUCCUCCGCACCGAGGUGGAUACAUAAACAUCAUUGUAGACCAAUAUCUGGUCAUCUUCAUCUUCAUCUUCCUCCACUGUGGCAAUUAGAUUACCCCCGCUCCAGCCCUGUUUCACAGUGAGCUAUGUUUGGAUUUCUUAUCUGACUUUACAUCUUUAUUAUGUUUUUUUUUUUAUUAUUUUUCAAACAGCCCUGGUACUGGAUUAUGAUCCUGGAAACUGAUAGUCACAGGAAGAGAUUUUCCAUUAGUUUAGUUUGUAGUACACAGUAAAAUAUUAAAACACAAUGCCAUAUAUAUUAGUGGUAAAAUGAAGCAGAAAAACAAGCAUCAAAUCUAAAUGUCAUAUUUAAACAAAACAAAAACAAGGAGAACUUCCACCAAGUUUAGUAAAAGGAAUGAAACCCUAUUUAUAUUUAAAGCAAAUAAAAUGUUAAAGGUAAAAAACAAACAAUUAAAUCUCAGUUACACUGUUAACUUCAGGGCUAGAACCAACAACCAUAUCCUGUAAUUAAUGCUAAUUUUUGACCAACAGACCAACAACCAUUCACACCAGAGGUCGGUAAACAGUACCGUUAACCACAUCAUAGACAGUCAUGCCUAUGUGCAGUGCUUAUAUUUUCAAAAGCUCUAUUGAAAUUUGCCAUUUUUCACAAAACAAAAAUAUUUUUUAUCGUAAACACCGUUUCCCUGUCUGCCUUGGUGUUGCCAAUGCUUAACUGCCCUACCUCUAAUUACCAAAUAUAUAUAUAUAUAUAUAACACAGACAAAUAACAACACUACAAUGAAGGCAGAUAACCACACACAGCAACAGACUUCAGACCAACCAAUAAAAUGUCCAGGGGAAAAUUAGGUUUUAAUGUUGCCGUUUGUUUUUGAAAUUCUGUGCGUGUUCUGCCUUGGUGGGCCCUGAUUUCUGUAUGGUGAAGGUGGAGUUGUGGGGCAAAAAAAAAAAAAAAAAAGAGCAAAACACAAAGAGGGACGAAAGAGAGGGAGGGGGAGAGGGAGAGAGAGAGAGGGAGAGAGAGAGCUCCUCUGCCCGUGCCUCUCCUCAGUCUGUGUGGUCUGUGGAGCAGCAGGGAUGUCUUCUUCUCUGGGCUGUUACUUAAACAAUGGACGGACUGAAUGGAUCCGUGGUCCGGACUGAUUUCUGCCCAUCGACCGGUCACCUGCCUCCUCCUGCCGCUGCCGCCGCCGCCGCCGCUGCAGUUGUUGUCUUUCACUGUGUCACUGUGUGUGUUUACAGGAAUCAGCGCGAACAGCGUGACGCGUCAGCGGCGGCUCUGCAGCAGCAGCAGCCGGGUCAGAAAAAGUGAGGUGAAUGAGAGGGGAGAAGGAGAGACUGCAAAGAGGGGGGUCUCUCGCUUCAAUCUCUGCUUCCCACCACUCUCCUCCAGUCCAGUGAAGCUGUAGCUCAAAGACGGAGGAGUCGGGGAUUUGACUGGCAGCUGGUACGCCACAGAGGGAGGAGAGAGACGAGGCGACUGGACAGUGGGGUCGACGAGCCUGGCUGGCACUGGGUGAAUGCUGCCAGGCGACGAGGACGAGGGCUGAGGUGGCGCCGCAGCAGCAGCAGCAGCAGCAGCAGCAGCAGCAGCAGCAGCAGCCGCACCUUUAAAAAAAAAGAGGAGUAUGGCAUCCACAGGCAUGCAGAUCUUUGGAUUUGUUCUGGCAAUUCUGGGAAUCAUGGGGGCCAUGGUGGCCACGGUGCUGCCCAACUGGAAGGUCAGCGCAGACGUGGGCUCCAACAUCAUCACGGCCAUCUCUCAGAUGCAGGGACUGUGGAUGGACUGCACAUGGUACAGCACCGGCAUGUUCAGCUGCACACUCAAAUAUUCAGUGCUUUCACUGCCUGCAUACCUGCAGACUGCACGCACCACCAUGGUGCUGUGCUGCGUCCUGGCUGCCAUGGGCCUCUGCCUCGCAUCCCUGGGACUGAAGUGCACACGCUGGGGGGGAGGACGCCGCUCCAAGCGGCACGCCGCGAUUGCCAGCCGCCCCCGGCCUGUGCCUGCGGGUUCGGGGAAGCGGCAUGGACCCCAGGACAUGGUUCUGCUGCCUCCCCCGGACAAACUGCUGCUCCAACAGCAGCAGCAGCAGCUGCUCCAGCAGCAGCAUGAGCUCCAGCAUCAUUACUGCUCUCUCUCACCACUGGACAAUAAGACCGGCUACAGCCUGCAGGACUACGUCUAAUAAAAAGGUGCUGUGCGUGCCACAGCUUAAGGAAGAUGAGCCCGAGGGGGGAAAUCUUGCAGCUUAUGCUGCAAGUCGGUUCUGCUCUAUAAGGAGGAAAAGAUUUAAGGGAGGAGGGCAACAACUUCAGAAUUCAUCAGUCCCUCUAUCUGGCUCUUUUCCUCUCCUUUUUUCUGUUUUGCAAGCACAAGCAGUGGAAGUACUUUCAGAGCAGCAUCUUGGAACAAACAGUGAGGAGUGCAGCAUAAGGUGCUGCAGAAUCGAAGGAUGCUGCUCAACAAAGGCAGACCUCCUUCAUCAGUAAAUCAAAGAAAGAGUUCCCUGGGGGAUGGAUUAAGCAAAUAAGGAAGGCUUCAGAGCUGAUUUUUCCACCCCUUUCGCCAAAGGUUUGAAAAAAAAAAAAAAAAAAAAAAAAAAGAAGCAAUCAUUUAGCUGCUAUUUACAAUCGUUUGGUAAACUCACAUUUGACUAAAAUAGGCAACACAACGCCUGUGAGUCGUAGAUGGAAGCCCUCUCAUCGCAAGCCAUUGUAGUUUUCCUCAUACUUACAGUAUGCUACACUGAAAUGACUAAAAUAAAUGACCAUAUUUUCCUUAGCUGCUAGAGUGUAGAUAUUUUGCCUCUGAAGCAUGCUGUGUGAAGCCUGUCUGUGUAUUAAUACAGAGGAAUGCCAGGUAGAAGACGGAGUCAUAGCCACACAAUGCCUGUGCCUGAAAAGCUGUAGAAACAUUAGCCUGCUGUAAGUGUUAAAACGAGGACUGUCAGGAGCAAUAGAUGUGGGCUGCAGGGCUGGAGCUGCGAAUGCAGACAAACAGAUGCCUGCUUUUCUCUCUGCAGGUAGAAAAAUGAGAGAGAUGGAGGGAAGAUUGAUAGAAAGAUUCAUUCCUGCCCCAGCAGGGACCAUCUGAUAUGCUGCUCCCAUAUUUUUUUCAUCGACACAAACAUCUUGCCUUUUAAGAGACUGUCUAGCCUUUUAUUGGGCUGCCGUUCUGUGUCCCUGAGCAACAUCAUACCAGAA